AUGUCCGAAAAACCAACUCCUUCGAAAGCCGACCAAUGGACUGGCUCCAAAGCUAGUAAAUUCGACAACAAGGCAUACAGUGAAUACUACGACCCUUGUCAGGAAGCCGCGGACAGGAGCAUAAAGUGUUUGAAGAGGAAUGGAGGAGAGAGAGCUAUGUGCUCGGAUUUCUUCCAGGCAUAUCGAGAUUGCAAAGAGCAAUGGCAAGAAGCGAGGAGAGAAGCAAGGAGGAACAAGUCGUGGUUUGGCUGA